AUGGUCUUCGGCCGGCGCAAGAGAAGUGCCUCUGCCCAUCACCAGCCACUCUCUCCGCCCGCGUCGCAAUCCGCCCAGUCCGCCGCCAGCCAUGCCUUCCUAAGAUCACAACCGUCGACGAGCAGUUUAUCCUCCGCGGCAGCUGCCGCAGCGCUACGCAACUCCACGCCCACCCCGACAUCCAUCCGAGAUGUCGAGACGAAACGUAUGGUCCAGCGGCGUGCCUCGACCCAGUCGCAGGCUAGCCCUGUUGGCGGUCGUCGCUCAGCAAGCGUGAGUGGGACGCUCCGCCGCUCGAGCAGUAACAGCUCGAUGACUGCACGAACAUUCCGCGAACAAUCCCCCCAUCGCCCAGCUACUAGCUCCGGACCUGUCGAUGUGCCCCCGUUGCCUAGUCUCCCGACGCAGUAUGGCCAGCGGAAACCCCCCAAUGGGCGGGCAAUGAGCAUGGGACCGUCGAUGCGGUCACCCCCGUCAUCGCCGCCGCGGGCUGGGAGGGUGAAUCGGGAGCAGGGAAGAGGCUCGCCUAUCCACAUUGAUACACACCAACGGGUGACGAGUCUUGGGACGGUGCCAGAGUUCGAACGAUCAGCAAGUCGCAUUUCGGCGAAUUUCUCCUAUCCCAAUCUUUCACGGCCGAUUUCCCCGACGAAGGAACACGAAACUGACUCGUUGAACCUCGCCGGUGCUCUGCAAAAGUCUGCCUUGGAAGAGUCGGAACAGACUCCUAAGAAGAAGCCUAGGGCUCGAGUCUCUGGGAGUGUGGAAGGAAGUCCUGUUGCGAACAAGAACCGGGGUCCCUUGGCUGCCUCUGCUGCUGCCGAAGCACUUAACGCGCAAAAGGGUAGCCCCCAGCAGAAGACUCGCACCGAGCAAGUACACGAUAAACCAGUCGAGGAUGAAUCCGACCAAUUUACGGACAAUGCAGGACCUAUUGCGACCAGCGUAGCGGAGAGUGAACAUCCGACCUCGCGCACUCUUUCUGAGGGGCGACCGUCGACAGUCCGAGAAGAGACGGAGCCUACGGAAGAAACUGUUGAAACUCAAGUUAGGCAGGGAAGAAAUCGCAUGACGAGUGCGUCACCAACGACCGAUCACCUCGAAGCAGUCCCAGAGAAAGCUGGACAUGCGCCACACAUCCGUCAGUCGAAUAGCCCGGGUCGCGCUCGUUUCUCGCAACUACUAUCCGUGGCCGAUGAGGGAAAUCAAAUUCACCAACCCCCUCCCCGCUCGGUAUCUCCGUUCAAGUCCGCCUUAAAGCACCAUCGAGGUAGUUCUCUAUCCCCAGAAAGGAAUCUCAGUACAACGAAUCGAGCUCCCGCAGCUAGCGAGCUGUCUGAUGGCGGUACCUCGGUGGCAUCGGAUGAAGGGUCUCGCUUUGGUACGAAGAAGAAGGCCCCCAAGGUCAGCUUUGAUGAUGAGGCUGAGAUUGUAGGUGUGGCAGCUAGCCCUCCUACCUCACCAGAGGACUAUACACCUGAUUCACCACCGGGCGGCAAAGCCAAGAAUCGCGUGAGUUUCUUUGGCAAGAAGAAGUCAGACCCUGCUACCCAUGACGACGGCUUCAAUGCGGUCAUCAAGCCCCGACAAGCUCUUCCAUCGUUCGGUAGUGUAAGAGGCAACCGAAAGGGCGGUCUCCAGAGAUCGCCUAUUCCAGAUUUUAGUGACAACGAAUCCACUUCCUCUGAUAACGAGGCUGCGGCUCCGCCUGUGGCACUAUCAAACGACCAUGCCAUCGGGAACAUGCUCUCCAAAACUCAAGAUCAUGGAUACUUCAAACCCCGCGAUGUCAGUACUUUGGAGCAAAUGUCCGUCAAUGGUGCUACUGUGGGCACCGGCUCAGGUGCGGACAGGGAGUCGAAGCCAAUUGGAAUCACCGAGAGAAAGCCGUAUUCCAGUAUGAAUUCUGAUCUUUCUGUGCCUGAUAUUGCUAUCGAACCAGCUACGCCCCCUCUAGACGACCCAAAGCGAAGUCUUGAGCAGCAAAGAUCCAGCAUGGAUCAGUACAAGAUUCCAGGCGGGUUCCCGCCUGGAAACUCAGACCGCAAUCCUAAGUCCACAGCAAAGAAGACCAAUGCUCAAGCUGUUAUUGCAAGCGCCGUUCCAAAUUUGGACGACGUGGAUACUGAAGGGGAGUCUGGAGAUAGUGUUUAUAGCGAUGCAGCUGAGGACAUUGACGGCGAUGGAUUUGGGUCGAUUAAUGCUAUUGUCGACAGCCGAUCAGCUCCUAGGUCGGUAUCGGCUUCGGACACCGCGAGCGAGAGUCGUGACGCAACACCGAAGGCUUUGGAUAGAACUGCCAUCGUGGACACCCAGUCGCGCGAUGUGCCUGAGCAGGCUGAAGAGGUGCGCUCCGCCACUCCAACCCAGGGCUCGGUCAACCGAGAGGGAGAAGAAUCCCCUAUCUCGCCAGUCAAGGCUCGCAAUCUUGAGUCCGCCUACCCACCGCUGCCAAUUAACACCAACUUCCAUGCCCCUCAAAAUGAAACUAUCGGAACUCAACCCAACGGGAAACAACGCCCUCUGUCUAUGGCAGUUGGUCCAACAUCUCGUGUGCAAGAUCCUCGUUGGCCGAGCAAUGAGAGUUCUCCACGGGAUGGCAAUAGCAGAACACGUCCCAUGUCUCUUGGCCCUGCAUUCCAGAAGCCACGACCUACGCCUCGCCGAACGAUGUCCAGUGGAAGUGAUUCUUCAAACAGCUUCACGCGUACUUCGCCUCGUGGAAAUAGCGCACAUCCGAUGCGACGAACCAUGAGAAACGGUGCUGCCCCAGUUGAGCGAAAUGAGUCGCCCAUUGACCACCGGCCUAUGUCAGCCGCCUCGUCCAAUGGUACGGGUACGAUGCGCAAGACUCUCCGAGGAACAGGUGCUGGAAACGAGCGGUACUCGUUCUUCUCGACGAACAAGAAAGCACCCAGGGCGAAGGUCUCGAAACAGCCUCCCAAGGCCGCCGGCUCUACCCGUUUUGUGGAUUCGGAUGGUGAGGAAGACGAAGCUCGCGCGCGGACUUUCCACAGCCGAUUCGAAUCGAGCGACGAGGAAGAGCCUGGUACUAAGACCAUGCGCCCGGUCCGCGGUAUCCCCCGUCGCCAAGGUGCCGAUGAUGGUGACUCAACAGAGCUGGACGAUAGCUCAGAGGAAGGCCACCGACAACAGACACAGCCAGCUGCUGCACCCAAGUCGAUUCUUACUCCUCCCGGAUCUCGUGGUAGAAAUGAACCGCAGAGCAUGUCCGGGAUGGCCGCUGUCGCCAAACAACGCGGAAUGUCACAAAGAGAUCUGGAAGAAUUUCUCCUGUCACCUCCACGUGGACGAAAGCCAGGUCUUCUCACGCGACUUGGUCUCAAAAAAGACAAGAACGUCGAACACAGAAUCCGCAAGGCUGAUGUCGAAAGUCCGUCACGACGAGAUACACAUCUAGAGCGAUCGCGCCUGGAACGCGAUCAAUUGCGGGAAGAUAAUGUUGUGAACGGAACCCAUGGCAGCACGGUAACAACUGUGACAGCCGGAAGCCCUGAACAACCACAUCACUCCAAACUUGUGAAGAGGAGCUCCAAACAAAACACCACAGGCCCGUCUUGGCCCCUCCGCCCUGACCCAGCGGACGAAGAAUCCCUCCAGUCAGCACCAGAGCAGAGCGCUAUUGCUCCGUCGUCAUCUCAACGAACCGAGAACUCCAACGAGCCGCAAAUCAACGCUGCACCCGUGCACAAUGGGACUGCCAUUGUCAACGGCGACGAUGCACGUGGUGCAUCUCCAAUUGGCAAGGAGCCCGGGCCAAUUCGGCGCGAGAGCAGGACCGAUUCACACAAAGACAGUACUUCGGAGAUCACGAAUCCCGACGACCAUGGUCCUUCUGCACGCGAUGUUGUGAUUGCCGGCUCUGGGCGGAAGAAGCGAUUCCCUAUGCUCAGGAAGGCGUUCGGUCUGAAGGCUUGA